AACAAUGUGAUCUCAUACGUCGUAGUGGUUUCGAGCGUUGCGUGCCACUCGACGUCAGUGUCAAGAUAGUCUUUAUCUGUCAGUGUCGUGUGUCGUCCCAUUGUUGUCCCUGGUCUUAUUUCCGGGACUGCCAGUAGCCGCAAAGAUGCCGGAGAAUAUAUUCCUUUUCGUUCCAAACAUCAUCGGUUACUCCCGUAUCGUUUUGGCGCUGAUCUCCUUCUACUUCAUGCCCACCCACUGCCUGGUGGCAUCUAUCUGUUACGGGGUGAGCGCCUUCCUCGAUUGCAUCGAUGGACAUGCGGCGAGGAUGUUCAACCAGAGUACCAAGUUCGGUGCGAUGCUGGACCAGCUGACGGACCGCUGCGGGACCAUGUGCUUGCUGGUGGUGCUCGCCAGCUUCUACCCGCGCUACAGUUUCCUCUUCAUGCUCAGCAUGUCCAUCGACAUUGCGAGUCACUGGCUGCAUCUGCACACAUCUCUGCUCUCGGGCCGCGACAAUCACAAGAACAUGGAUGCCGCAGACAACCCCAUCAUGAAAUUAUAUUAUACCAACAAGCCGGUCCUAUUCACAAUGUGCGUCGGCAACGAGGCAUUCUACGGGGGACUCUACCUGCUUCACUUCACUCAGGGACCCACUUUGUUUGCAGGGAUGGGCAUCUUCAGACUCCUCACAGGGAUCUGCGCACCGAUUGCAGUGGCCAAGACCUUUGUCAGCCUCUUGCAGAUGCAGAUUGCAGCGGUCAACCUCGGGGCUGUCGACGUAAGAGAGCGCAGCAAGCGUGCCGAGCUAAUUUAGUGCCAUGCAGCUGAAAAUUUUAGUGUCUGAAAGCAGCCUUUACCUGGUCAGUGUUUUAAAUUAGUGCAGCUGCCACAAUAGGCCAUGAUGUGCAACUCUGGAACGCAACAGAAAAGACCAGCAACAUGUCACAAGCCAUGUAGCACGCAUCAGCGUUGGGCAUCAAUCCGCCAGUCCCAAGGCAGUGUUUGCUAGAGGACGUUUCUAAGUCAAGCGAGUUCAGUCUUUAGGAUCAUUAGGGACUCCUAGUCACUUUAAAGGGCAGCUCGAUGGGUUCUGGCCGAACAGUCUGGGAACUGCCGCUUGCGGCGACCCAGAUAUAGAAAACUGCCCACUAUAGCGGACUGUUUUGCUCUAGAGCAUAUGAACCAAUUACACCUAGAUUGUGCCCAAGCCAGAGAAGUCAGAUCAAGGGAAGCAUGGGUGAUUAGCAACUAUAGAAACCCACUUUGGGAGCCUGUCAUCGAAACUUUCUAUACAGAAUACGAUUGUCAGCGUUUUAGCCAUGAAACUGGUUUAACCUCUGCUUGUUCUUCUGUGCUCAGCUGGAGAACCAAAGAAUGUUCACCUAGCCGGAGUAAUAAUAAUGCCCGCCAAUAGGCACAAAUUUAUGGAUUGCACAAAGUCGCAUGAUGUUUGUGCAUCUCCACGCUGGUUCUAGUCUUAUUUGACCCAAAUGUGUGUAUUUUCGGAGAGGUGCAAAUGUCCUCUUCGCAAAUAUUUGUUUCCGAAUGUCGAAACGGCCUCCUCUGCUGGACGAGCAUAUUGACGACAGAGUUGUUGGGCCGUGUUCCCCUUUCGUUUGUUACCAGCUCGCGCAAUAAAUGCCACACAAGAAGCUGCCAAUUGGACGUUUGCAUCAACGACAUUGUGUCGGGAGCUCCGAGCCCUCCAUGACUAAGUUACGUCGGUCUCUUGCCUGCAUAAAAAAUAAAGUUGUACUUCUGUUCCGAGCUUCACAAAUAGCCGAGGUUAGAACGAGUCACUGACUUACGAAGAGCCGAAAUUUUAAGUACAAUUUCAUUUGCAUUUUUUUUUUUUUCACCUAAGCUUGCAAAUGUGCAAAGCAUUACAGGGAGCUUGUUUGGUCAAGCAGAUUUCGAGACAUUCCUUGCUUGUUUACCAUGUGUGUAGUUAACGCUUACCUACAUGUAAGAGCUGUACAUGCCAAAAUAAACUUUGUGGCACUACUA